AUGGGAAUCAAACUGCUGAAAGGGCAGCUUGUCGUGCGGGAUUGUGACAUAGGCACCGACAAAUGGAAACGCAUAAUCAGAGACGUGUCGGAAAACAAGUAUUUGAACACGAUUCUCCUCAGCUCUACGCUCCCAGUAGGUUCUGGAUCCUACACUAUCAUUCUCGCAACCUUGGAAGCCAUGCUCGAACAGACUAAAACCUUCAUCUCCCGCGUAAGCCACCACGCAGAGAAAACAUCCUCUCCACUAUCUCCCGACCUCAUCUUGGCAAUCCAGACACUCAAGAGAUCCAGCCGCAGAACACACGCAGAUCCCAACCUCUUCAAACUCCUCACCUUCCUCUUCAAAAUCACGCUGAGCACAACCGGGCCCCCUUCCUCUGGUAAUGCAGACGAUAGACUCAGCACGAUCGCCAGGUUGAAAAGCAUUGAAAAAACCGACGCGAAACACAAACUCUGCGACGUUCUCGCUGAGCUCGAGAUUCGUGAAUAG